UGUUCAUCUACACUUGAACUGAAGAUGCUCAGGGCCUUUAAAGGGUCUGUCCCUUUUGCAGAAGUCAGCUCAAUUGAAUAAUUCAGCAACUCUUAUACCAUUUCAAAAAAAAAAAAAAAGAGAGAAAAGACUCAAAAGAAAAAUUACUGAGAAACAAAAACAAUCAAAAACAAUGGGCUGUAUUCAGAGCUUCAGGGAGUUGUGUGACCGUCCAAAAAAUACUAAUGUUCGUGUCAGUCUUCCAGCAGUUUGCUUUGUAUGGCAGAUAGCAAUGAUUAUCUUGUUUGGGGUGUUUAUUAGAUACAAUGAGGAAUCGAGUCCAUUCUGGAUAGAGCACCGAAAAGCUAAAAAUAUAUCGAGUGACAUUGAGAAUGAUUUCUACUUCAGAUAUCCAAGUUUCCAGGAUGUCCAUGUGAUGAUCUUUGUUGGAUUUGGCUUCCUGAUGACGUUUCUCAGGAGGUACAGCUUCGGCGCAGUGGGCUUCAACUUCCUCAUCGCAGCCUUCGGCCUCCAAUGGGCGCUGCUGAUGCAAGGCUGGUUCCACUCCCUGGACUAUAGUGACGGAAAGAUCAAAAUUGGAAUUGAAAACCUGAUCAAUGCUGACUUCUGUGUGGCGGGCUGCUUAAUUGCCUACGGGGCAGUGCUGGGUAAAGUCAGUCCAGUCCAGCUGAUGGUCCUGACACUGUUUGGGAUCACAUUGUUUGCUGUGGAGGAGUAUAUUAUCCUGGAUCUCAUACAUGCCAGAGAUGCUGGAGGCUCCAUGGUGAUCCACACAUUCGGAGGAUAUUAUGGUCUUUCCAUCUCGUGGAUGCUCUAUCGGCCAAAUCUGGACCAGAGCAGUCGUCUGCAGGGCUCCGUCUACCACUCGGAUGUCUUUGCUAUGAUUGGCACCCUCUUCCUGUGGAUGUUCUGGCCCAGCUUCAACUCAGCCAUCACAGACCACGGGGACGGGCAGCACCGAGCAGCCAUCAACACCUACCUGGCUCUGGCCUCGACUGUGCUCACUACUGUGGCAAUCUCGAGCCUCUUCCAGAAGCAUGGAAAACUAGACAUGGUUCACAUCCAGAACUCUACUCUUGCCGGAGGUGUUGCAGUGGGAACAGCAGCGGAGUUCAUGCUGAUGCCCUACGGAUCUCUGAUUGUAGGAUUCUGCUGUGGUAUCAUCUCCACCCUGGGAUACAUCUACCUCACGCCGUUCAUGGAAAAGCACCUGAAGAUCCAGGACACGUGUGGAAUCCAUAACCUCCAUGCCAUGCCAGGAGUUAUCGGAGGAAUUGUGGGAGCCAUUACUGCUGCAGCUGCAACAGAGUCAGUUUAUGGCACUGAAGGGCUGAUUAACACCUUUGACUUUGAGGGUGCUUUCAAAAGCAUGACACCCUCACGACAGGGUGGUCACCAGGCGGCAGGCCUCUGUGUCGCUAUCUGCUUCGGUGUAGGCGGAGGCAUCAUUGUUGGUUGUAUCUUAAGACUGCCUAUUUGGGGAGAUCCUGCAGAUGACAACUGCUUUGACGAUGAGCCCUACUGGGAGCUUCCUGAUGAUGAAGAGAGCAUCCCACCAGUCCUGCAGUACAACAACCACAUGCGGAACAAGGAUGUAGUGGAGUCAAAUUUCACCAUGGAGCAAAGUGACCCCAGGCCUCGAUCCUGAUGGAGCUCAGUCUUUAUAACACGUGGGUCAUUUGUCGGACAGAAAUAUUCAUUUGAUACAAUUAUUCCUCACCAAUCAAAACCAGUUAUUUUUCAUAAAGUGAAUAUAUGAUGGUCGUUGUCUUUUUUUUUUGGUUGGAUCGUUUGAAGUGGAAAAAAAAUCUGCCAGUGGGAUGAGAUCUUUCCUCUUUCCACAAUAUAUUUAUUUUCAUUUUAAAUCCACAAAUAUUCAAUAAAGUAUUUGUAUUAAAUAUAAUAUUAAAUGAGUGACAUUAUCUUCUAGUGGAAUAUUUUUUCCUAAUUUUAACAUUGGGAGGCAGGUAAAUUUGCUGAGAGAGCUGCAGCAUGUUUCUCUUGUUUCACAUAAAGCAAGAAGCAACGACUCAGUGCUGGACCAAACUAACUUAAACGUGACUGUGACAACAUAACCAUGGUUCCUUUAAGUGCUUGUGAGGGAAAUAUUUGAGACCUUGUUUUGUAUUACGUUUUCUUCAGACCCAUUUGAGUUGCACUUUAAGGAUUUUCCGCUGGACCUUUCACAUCUUAGUUUUUCCUGUUUUAAAUGGUUUCUGUGAAGUGAAGUGAAGGCACAGACAAGCAGGUUUAUGCUGACAGCUUAAGUGUUUGUUUUCCUUAUUGCCAUUAGAUGCAUUCAAAUAGCACUUAAUUUUGUGUGUCUUCAUCAAAAGCUUUUACACUGAGAUAUAAUUAGUUAUGUAUCAUGUUAUUGAUUAUGUAUUUUUAAAAUAAGAGCUUUGACCUGAGUUAUCCUGCGACUUAAAGGAUAUUUGGUAAAACUUUACUUUAACCCUCCGUUUUUAUAGCAUUUAUAGCAACUACAAACAUUUAAUAGUGGUUUAUAACACACUAUAAUAUGGACAUUUUUAAGUGUUUAUUAAUGCACAGUAUUUUGUCAACAAUUCUAACUUAUUCUAACGAGUUAAUAGACACCUCAACAUUACACACGCAUUAUAAUGUGUUAUAAACAAUGUAUAAAACGUUUAUAUACUGCUUAUAAAUGCACAUGGGGAGGUAGUAAUAAAGUAUUUACCAUAUAUUUUUAUCCAUAUUAUGGAUCUGAAAAUUAAUGAUUUUGUCAGAAGCUGAUAUUUGUACAUUUAGACAUUGUACAAGGUAGAAUAUUAUUGUCAUAAUGUUUUGAAAAGUGAAAAGUUUG